AGGACAAAAACUGUUUGGUUUCUGGUAAAUUCCAAUGCUCGUGAGACGUGACCUGAUCGAGUAUCGACUGCCGUCAGCCGUUGCGGGUUGCUUGUUAGUUGUCGUACGCUGUCAAUGCAGAAAGGUCGUUCGCGGACCGCUGCAGAAACCUCAGUAGUUCAAAGAGCACCAGUGGAUUUGUCGGUCGACGAUACCUACUUAUUGUUGCCACAAUACAUCUUUUUGUUCAAAACAAAUCUGUUGGAUUCAUUAUUAAAUAACCAAGUGCAUCGAGAAAAAUAGCUAUGUCCUCUAACAGCCGUCAACAAGUCUCAAACGUUACAAGCAGAGGAAAUCGGGUGUUUGACACUCAGAAUCGAUCUGCGGCAUUGAACUUGUAUAAGCGGUGUAAUAAUCCAAAACGACACCUUUUUUCUGAAAUUGCUUCCGAAUUCGGUAUACAGUGGUCUGAAAAUCAAAGAACUUCAUCGACUCUAAAGUGCACAAGUGUUGCUGGCAUAAAUACAAGACCGUAUGAAGGCGUAAAUGAAUUUGUUAAAACAACUAUUAGACAAAUAGUACGUUCAUUUUAUGUUAAACGUAAAUUACCAACAGUUGAAAAAGUAUACAGUAAAGUUAAAAAGAGAGGUUUGUUGCCAUUUAUGAAAAAAAAGUUUUUUGCCGAUUUUCUUAAAAGUUUAAAAUUUAAACUAAUUAAAACAAAAACACAUGGCCUUGCGUUAACCGAAAAAAAGAAGAUAGUUCUUUGGCGUAGAAGAUGUUUAAACAAAAUAAUGCAAUACCGCCAAGAAGGACGCACUAUUUAUUAUUUAGAUGAAACUUGGAUUGACUUGGAUGAAAAGAAACAUAUUAGUGAUACUCAAAACAAAAUAUUGUUUUUACUUCAUAUUUGCACAAGUAGAGGAUUUGUUCCUGGCGGCUUGCUUUGUGUUGAAAUGUCAAAAGAUAAAUUAUACACAGACUAUAAUGCUUUUUUAAUUUGGUUUGAAGAUAUAUUGCCAUCAUUAGAUCCUAAUGGCGUGAUUGUAAUGAAUAAAAAACCAUUUAAUUUAUUUAAAUACGAACAAAUCCCUAACAAACAUUGGAAAAAAGAAAACAUUUCACGUUGGUUGGAAGAAAAAAAAAUCAAGAAAAAUCAAGAAAACAUGUUGAAGAUCGAAAUGCUUAAUAUUGUCAAGAAGCACAAGAAUAUGUUCAAUAUCCAUAUGGUAGACGAAACAGCCAAAAGAUACCAAAAGGAAGUGUUAAGAUUGCCACGUUACCAUGGUGAAAUGAAUCUGAUGACAUUUGUUUGGAGUCUGAUAAAAGAUGAAAUCAGUAACAAUAAUACUGCAAGCGAUGUUUACGAUCUAGUGUCUGGCGCAUUAAGUAAAAUGACUCACGACAACUGGAAGUAUUGUAACUACGAAUUGCAGUAUUAUGAAAAGGAAUUUCAAAAAUUAGAUGUUGUUAUGGAUGAAGUGUUGGAUGAUACAGAUUUUGGGACAGACCACAGCUCGAGAUCUUUAGAUUACUAUGCUUUUUAGAGAUUUUAUUCUUUUAAACUUUGUUAUAUGUAAAUUCUGUAAAUUUUAAUAUUGUUUUAUUUUGUGUGAACCCAGUACUGAUAAUUCCAUAAGUGUGUUUAUUAUUAAUGUGUAAUGUGUAUUAAUGUUUCUAAUAUUUUACCCGUAUAAUU